CUCCACCUCCCCGCCGAGCGGCCUCCAGCCUCCCGCGCCGUUGGGAGUGACCUCGGCGAGGCCAGGCGCUCCGUCCGACCGCGGGAAACCGGGGGAGAGCAGCCGGGCGGCUUCGCGGAGGCGGCCCGACGCCCCCCGGGGAAGGCGGAGUGGCAGUCACCUGAGAAAGCCUGACAGCUAGCUGUGUCCCGGUCCUGCCGGGGCUCCGCACCCACACUGGUGGUCCAGGCCCGGGAGUCGGCGUCGUCACACCAGUGAGGACAGACCCGAUCAAGCGAGUGGACAUGGCCACCCCGUUCCUACCCGCGGGGGCCACUACGGGCGACAGUGGUGGGGAGCUGAGCUCCGGGGACGACUCCGGUGAUAUGGAAUCCCCCAAGACCCCGGAGUCCGAGGCGUCCCGGAGCCUGGCCGAACAGUUUGAGAAGGCUGCCGCACACGUCCAAGGCCUGAUUCAGAUGGCCAGCAGGGAGCAGCUCUUGUACCUGUAUGCCAGGUACAAGCAGGUCAAAGUUGGAAAUUGCAAUAUUCCUAAACCAAACUUCUUUGAUUUUGAAGGAAAGCAAAAAUGGGAAGCGUGGAAGGCCCUUGGUAACUCCAGCCGUAGCCAAGCAAUGCAGGAAUACAUCACAGCAGUUAAAAAGCUAGAUCCAGGAUGGAAUCCUCAGGUAUCAGAAAAGAAAGGAAAAGAAGCCAACAGUGGUUUUGGUGGGCCAGUUGUUAGUUCUCUAUAUCAUGAAGAAACAAUCAGGGAAGAAGACAAAAACAUAUUUGAUUACUGCAGGGAAAACAACAUUGACCAUAUAACCAAAGCCAUCAAAUCGAAAAGUGUGGACGUGAAUAUGGAAGAUGAAGAGGGCAGAGCUCUGCUCCACUGGGCGUGUGACCGAGGACAUAAGGAGCUGGUCACAGUCUUACUGCAGUAUGAAGCUGACAUUAAUUGUCAGGACAACGAAGGCCAGACAGCCCUUCAUUACGCUGCUGCCUGUGAGUUUUUGGACAUUGUGGAGCUGCUGCUCCAGUCUGGCGCUGACCCCACUCUCCGAGACCAAGACGGCUGUCUGCCAGAAGAGGUGACGGGCUGUAAGGCAGUUUCUCUGGUGCUGCAGCGGCACAGAGCUGGCAAAGCUUGAUCCAGAGACUGGAAAAGCACAGUCUGGUGGGACAGGACUUGAGGAUGAAAGAAACUGCAAAAACGAUCCUUCCUUACCACCCGUCUUUGGUAUGCAUUGGCUAAUAAAAUCAGUUCUGAGGAACUGGG